AUGGAAAACUUUUCUCGUCCUGAACCAAUUAUCAUCAUAAACUGCGUUCUCAACACUCUUAUGGUGCCUGUAGCUAUCAUUGGCAACGCUUUGAUAUUAAUGGCUCUGAAAAGAACUCCCUCCAUUCAUUCGCCGUCCAUGCUUAUACUAGGGGGUCUAGCUGUAUCGGACCUCGUCGUUGGCAUAUUUGUGCAACCGUUUUACGUUGCAAAAGAACUUACGGAAAACCAGUUAUCAUCUGUUGUGUGGGAUACAGCGGCUUAUCCAGUUUGCGGCGUCUCUUUACUGGUAAUAACAGCGUCUAGUGUGGAUAGGUAUUUGGCCCUUCAUUACCACCUGAGAUACAGCAUUUUGGUGACUAACUCUCGCGUCAUCUUUACCACUGUAGUUAUAUGGCUCUUUAAUUACCUUUCCUCGCUGUUUUAUUUUUGGAGCCAACUUAUAUAUCACCUUAUCCUGGCAGUUAAUAUUGGAACUUGCCUCAUAAUUUCGACAUUUUGUUACGUUAAAAUUUAUCAAAUUGUUCGUCGACAUCACCGUCAAAUUCGGGCCCAACAACGGGCAGUGGAGUCUAGUUAUAAAAAUAACAUGUCAAGAAUGAUGGACUUAAAAAAGAGCGCAAUAAACCAUUUUUUAAUCUACACCUGCAUGGUUAUAUGUUAUAUGCCACUGUAUAUUUUAUUAACACUUCAUGCAACGCACCAAUCGUACAAGUUGUGGAAAAACGAAUGGAACUUUGCUACCACUUUAGUGCUAAUGAAUUCGUCCAUAAAUCCAUUUUUGUACUGUUGGCGUAUUGGAGAACUUCGAAGGGCUGUUGUUACGACAGCUAAGGAAAUGUUAUGUUGA